AUGAAGGUCUGGCAUUUUGGCGGUCCAAAUUUAGCAUCGAUAACUGCUCUUGUUUCUAAACCAGAAACAUCAGUUGAAGCUGUUUUAGAUGAUCAAGCUUUAAAUGCUGCACUUCGUAAUAACUUACAAUCAUUAAUUUCGUUUUUAAUAGAUAACGAAGAGAAAUUCAACCAUCUAUUAGAUAUGGUUCUCACGGAUUUUGUUCCGCAAACAGAUCUUCCUGCUAAAACGACUAGGUGUGCACUUACCGUUUUAUCAUCCAGUACUUGCACAACAAUCAUGCAAAAGCUACGAGGUAAUCCAAUUUUUAUUGAUAGAAUGAAUUCAUUCCCUCAAUCAGAUUAUGCAAGCCAUCCAAGAGCUUGUGGACAUUUCGGUCGAAUUGUUGAAGCUUUUGCACACUAUUCGUCCGGAGAUUUCUUGGAUAGCUUACCAUCCUUGAAGUCCUUCUUUAUCCACAACAUGGGGAACCUUGGUCUCAGAGAAUUGUUUACAAAUCUUGCAACUGAAUAUCCGACCUAUUUUCCUUUUGACCAGCAAUAUCUAAAUGAACUUACAUUAGCAGCAAACUCGGAUAACGGAUUUUAUAUUCUUACAGCUCUUGAUACCGUUACAAGAAACAAAAAACAAAUUUUCGAUCAAAUUUGCAAAGUUGAAAUUGAACAGAAUUUAUUUGCAAUUACAAAGAACGCACAGAUUCGUCCUCUAAUUGCUUCUGCUGCCUUCAAAUUAAUUGAUCGCAUUGCAGAAGCCGUUCCACAGUCAAGCCCUGUUCUUGAGCUUGUCAACAAAGAAUCAGAAACAUACUCUUUCGAUAGCAUUGAGAACGAUUCAGUUCUUGCCUCAGCUUUACUUGUUUUACACACAAAAUCCGAUAAAGUCUUACUUCGCAUUUUAUCAGACGGCCAGCCAACAUUUGUUUGCGAUGGAAUAUUCCGCUCAAUUAGAAAUAUGACAGAUUCAGAACUCAACGAUUUCCUUACAAGAACAGAUUUCAUUAAUCGUAUGAUCGAACAGUUUCCAAAGACAAAGACUAAUGUUCACCUUUCUUUACUCGCAGAAUAUCUUAAAGACAAGAUAAAGGAUAAUGAAGCUUUUCGUAAUUUCAUCGAUACUCAGUACGCUCCAAGAGAACAGAAUAGACAGAUGGAAUACGGAGGCUCUCGUCCUCAUGGAGGAUCAGAUAGUGCUGCUGAAUCUUCUACCCAGUCUUCUUCUGACAAUGAUGACUCAUCCGACAGCGAUGACAGCCCAAAUGAUCUUAGAUUCGUCUCCGAUUCAUCUGAUGAUGACUCCGAUGAAGAGGAUUCUCUGUCCGAUGACUAUGAUUCCUCAAGUGAUGAUGACGAUGAAGAUGAAAAAGAAAAAGAAAGCGUAAACAUGAAUAACUGCGCUAAGCUUCAUAAGUUCCUAUCAAGGACAGAAGCUCCAGCACCUCCUGAGUCUUCUAGCAGCAGCGAUGAAGAAGAUGGAGCUCCGGUACAAAUGGCUGCUGCUCCUGCAUUAAAUCUCCAGAUUGCAGAUCUCAGGACAUCUGAUGAUAUCUUGAUUCCAGAGCCUCUCCACUCUGAUGAUGAUAAUCAGUACGAAGAAGGCGGGCUUUCAUCUGAUUCAAACGAUGCAGAUCCGGCUGAUAUCAUAAAUGAUAUCACAAAGCCACUUAAAGGCUCUGAUGGACCAAGCGAAUCUGAUUCAGAAGAAGAGGAAGAGAAAAAAGUUCCGCAAAAAGAGGAAGUUCCCCUUUCCUCUGAAAAAGCUCCAGAAACCGCCGAAGAAACGAAACCAGCUGAAGAAGCUACUGCAGGAGAACAAGAGAAACCUGCUGCGGCAGAAGAAGAGCAGAAGCCAGCUGAUGCUCUUGCUCAGGAAGAAAAGCAAGAAGAGCCAAAAAUAGAGAAAUCAGAAUCUCAAACUGAAGAAAAGAAAGAAGAAGCUGGAGAACAAAAUCCAGCUGAACAAAUUGUUGAUAAUGCAGAUAAUAAUAGUGUAGAGCAAAAAGCAGAGUAA